GCUCAGCUGUCUCAGUUGCUUGGGAGCAGGGGAGCAAUGUUGCUCGCUUCCUGUUCAGGCAUGAUCACAUAGCCACGCUUCCUGCUCUGCCCUCCUUCCUGUGGACUCUGCCUCCUCGCUGCAGUGAUGUCCUGGCAAGUUCAGGGUCCUGGAGCCAGGAAGAAAAAAAGAUGGAUUCCAGGGAGCUUGCUUUAGCUUCCCUGGUGUGUGACACUGGGGAGCUCUCUGUGGGUCACCAGCAGAGGAGGACAAAGAACUGGUCCUUCUCGCUCGUAGUGGCAGCUCUCGUGGGAGCUUUCGGGUCCUCCUUCCUCUACGGGUACAACCUCUCCGUGGUGAACGCGCCCACGCCGUAUAUCAAGGCCUUUUACAAUGAAACCUGGUACAGGAGGCAUGGAGAGCCCAUUGACCCAGAUACCCUGACUCUGCUCUGGUCUGUGACUGUGUCCAUAUUCGCGAUUGGUGGCCUGGUGGGAACGCUGAUGGUGAAGAUGAUUGGAAAGUUUCUUGGGAGGAAGUCCACACUGCUGGUCAACAACGGAUUUGCCAUUUCCGCAGCGUUGCUGAUGGCAUGCUCACUCCGGGCAGGAACCUUUGAGAUGCUCAUUGUGGGACGGUUCAUCAUGGGCGUGGAUGGAGGCAUUGCACUCAGCGCGCUCCCCAUGUAUCUCAACGAGAUCUCACCCAAGGAGAUCCGGGGCUCUCUGGGCCAGGUGACUGCCAUCUUCAUCUGCAUCGGCGUGUUUUCUGGACAGUUGCUGGGCCUGCCUGAGCUACUGGGAAGGGAGAGCACCUGGCCAUACCUGUUCGGAGUGAUCAUUGUCCCUGCCUUGGUCCAGCUGGCAAGCCUGCCAUUUCUCCCUGAGAGUCCACGCUACCUCCUCUUUGAAAAGCACGAUGAAGCAGGAGCCAUGAAAGCCUUCCAAACAUUUCUGGGGAAAGCAGAUGUCUCCCAAGAGCUGGAGGAGGCCCUGGCCGAGAGCCGAGUGCAAAGGAACCUCCGCCUGGUGUCUGUGCUGGAGCUUCUGAGGGCGCCCUUUGUCCGCUGGCAGGUCAUCACGGUCGUUAUCACCAUGGCCAGCUACCAACUAUGUGGACUCAAUGCGAUCUGGUUCUACACCAACAGCAUCUUUGGGAAAGCUGGGAUCCCUCAGGACAAGAUCCCGUACAUCACCCUGAGCACGGGAGGAAUUGAGACACUGGCUGCUAUCUUCUCUGGCUUGGUCAUUGAGCGCUUAGGAAGAAGACCUCUCCUCAUUGGUGGCUUCGGGCUGAUGGCCCUCUUCUUUGGGACCCUCACCGCGACACUGACCCUGCAGGACCAAGCUCCCUGGGUCCCUUACCUCAGCAUUGUGUGCAUCUUGGCCAUCAUUGCCUCGUUCUGCAGUGGUCCAGGUGGGAUCCCGUUCAUCCUGACCGGAGAGUUCUUCCAACAAUCAGAGCGGCCGGCAGCCUUCAUUAUCGCAGGCACAGUCAACUGGCUCUCCAACUUCGUUGUAGGGCUCCUUUUCCCCUUCAUCCAGAAAAGCCUGGACUCCUACUGCUUCCUCGUCUUCGCCACAAUAUGCAUCGCAGGUGCUAUCUACUUCUAUUUUGUCCUCCCGGAGACCAAGAACAGAACCCACGCAGAAAUCAGCCAGGCAUUCGCCAAGAGGAACAAGGCCCACCCCCCAGAGGUGAAGGCUGACUCAACCAUGGCAGAGGAGAAGGCCAACAGCCAGACUGAGCCCGAUUCAUCCUCCACGCUAGACAGCUAUGGUCAAAACAAAAUUGUCUAAAUGUGUGUUCUCGCUAUAGUAACCCAAGACUUUCCAAAACACUUAGAAGGUUUCAGGUGACCAAAGUCACGUGAGACUCUUAUACUGGGGAGUUAGAAGAAACCUGUGGGACUCGAACCUCACAACUGCACGUCCAAACUCCCCUGGAAGCAUUCCCUAGGUUUCCUACACUCACCAUACUAUACAGACCAAGGACUGCCUUCCUCAUGACUGAACCCACAGUUUUGAAAUAAAGUUGGGGGAAAGAGAACAGGUUGCCUUUUCAUAGGAAAGCCAUCUGGUCUGAUGGACACUCAUUGCACUGGGAAUGGCAGCCUGGGGCUUGUCUCAGCUGUGCUGUUGCUAAGCAACCCUGACCUCCCCUCAGCCUCUAGCCUCCAGGCCCCCAGACCUUGGAAGAUUCUUUGUCCCACUAACAAAUGCCUGUUGCUAAUCUUUGGCUCCGCCCUGUGGACCUGAGGCUUAGGAACACUUCGUACCCACCCACCAGGCUGCUGAUCUUACCAAGGCAGGCUCUGCCCCCAGCACUCAAGGCUGCCAGGCCUGAGGCUGUCUUUAGUUUAGACUGUUACAGGGAGCACACAGAGGAUCAACCAGUCAUAUGAAAAAGAACUUUGUGGUACCUAGGGAGCAGAGCCUGCAAGGUGGGCCCUGAACACGGAGAAUGACUCUGAGACUACACCUAGGUUUGAUGGGAAAGAACACUGGGAUGGAUUGAUGAUGUCUCUCUGCCCUGGAUGUAGGAACGGCAGCCUCAGUUCCUGAGCCUUGUGUUUGCAAUGUGAAGGUAACAAACUGCCUGGAAAGACACUUGACAUCACUCCUGGUGCUCAGGUGAAGGCUGGGGUGGUGGGGACCACCUGUCUCAACGGUUGUUUAGGAAGUCAAAGAAGCGGUUCUAGAGGAGGGUGUUUGAGUGGGUGUCUUGUUGGGGCAACUUGCAUCUUGCCAUCGUCAUGUUUGGCUGAAUCCCUUCUUCUGCCUCCAAAACAAAGUACAUAUAACAAGUGUCAUAUGCAAAUGGCAAGCACAUUAACUGGCAUUGGCAUGUUUAAGGCUAGGAUGCCUGAGAGGGUAUGUGGUUCCAGGAAGGGAAGUCUCCAGAGCAGGCAACACUGCUAUUUUCCUGACCAUUCUGGAUGAAAAUGGCCUUAACCAAAACCUGUGUUCUGACUUCUCCCUUCCCGUUGAACACUCUUCAUCUUGGGCCUCUCCUUGGUGCAUUCCUGGCUCAGGGAACCAUACCAUCCAGCCCUGGCUUGAACACUGUGUGUCGUCAGUAUAGAGAGAAUGAAUGACACAGAUAGAUUUGACAAGGGCCUGUCACAAAGGGAACCAAGUGAUUGUAAAACAGAAAUCGUCACAUUUGAAAGCUGGCAUUUAAGUAGUCUGUCAAUAAAUAUUUAUUAGUCAAUCAUUAUUCUGCCUUGGCUGGGUACUGCAGACAGAGCCAUGGGCAAGGAAACACACUGCCCUGACCUUCGCACUCUCAUGUCUGACCGAGAAGCGCUGUCAAAGCACUAAUGUGGGGUGCGGUGCCUUCCCUGGGGGGUGGGCAUUGGUAGCGGGAAUAGAUGGGGUCUUAGCUGAGAAAGAGGUAUAUCUUCUCAGACAAGGGAUGAACAGAGGCAGGGCCAGUGACCAUGAAGCCAGAGGCCAGCAAUUAUUAUUGUUAUGUUCUUAUAUUUGAAAUUGUAGUGAAGCCACACUAAGGGCGUUUUGAAAAAAAAAAAAAAGAAUCUCAUAAU